UAACUCCUAUGGAGUAUACAGUGGCAGUUGAAGAUGAAGAACCACAAUCAUUAUUUUUGAAUAUACCAAGUAACAAUCGCAUAAAAACACCAUUAAAACAGGCAGGAUCGGAACCUUGUCUAUGUAAACCCAAACUGGCAGGAUCUCUACAACUGGACGGUCAAACACAGAAUGCAGAUAAACCAAAAAUUGCAGAGGCCAUCAAAGAUGCAUUUGUCAAAGAAAAUCCUGAUGUAACCAAACCAGACUUAGAUGUGACUGUCACUGGUAUUAACAAUAAAGCUAAAGACAAAGAUGGAAAUCCAGUCUCUGAAGUAAAUUAUAGAGUAGGACUUAAGGGUGACAAUGUAGAAGACCUAAACUCUCCCUCUACAGCACAACUACAACAGUCUCUAGCAACAGCUGGUAAAACUUUACAUUCUAGAGCACCAAAAGAGGAUGAUGAUGAUAAGAAAUGGACAUUACCCCUAGCUAUAGUUUUAGGAGUAUUAGCUGCCAUAAUAGUUAUUACUAUAAUCUGUUGUGUUAUACAUAAGAGAAGGUUGGAAAAGAAAUAUGAAGUUGAAAAGUUACAAAUGUCAAACACAGAAAGAGAGAGGAUUUAGUUCAAAGAGAACACAAUGUGAAGAAAAAUAAUUCCUAUGAUCAGGAACAUUUCAGUGACCCAGCAGCUUAUGAAAAUAAUGCCUAUGAAGGACGUCAAGAAUUUCAAAAAGUCUCUUUGUAAUAAACACAUAAACAUGUAAAGGAUAUACAUUUCUCAUCCAGUUCCAUCAUUGUAAUAGACACAUUUAACAUGUGAACGAUAGACAUUACUCAUUUAGUUCCGUCAUUGAUCAUUGCAUCAUUUAUUACAUUAAGAGUAUGUUGAAAGAUUUGACAUUAUAUUUGGAAGUAGACAUGAUUGUUGUUGCAUGGUUUGUUACAUGUCUGUUACAUGUCUGUUACGAACUAUUACGAAUGAUAGGAUGGAAUGGAAUCAUUUUUUACCUAAUAAUUGUAUCAUUUUGAGAUGGCCAUAAACAUGUAGACAUGAACAAUUAUAUUUAAACCCUACUGGCUCACCUUGCUUUCAGAAAAUGUUCCAACAUCCGUCUGUCCAUCUGUCCCAAAGGUGCUCAGGUGACAUAAAACAAACACCAAUCAAUCAAUCAAUCAAUCUGUUCCAAAGUAUGUACCAAUGGACAGUUUAAAAUAUUUUAAAAAUCUCUGAAAACACAGGUCCAAUUUAGACCAAAGUUUAAACUUAGAAUGAACCAUCUAUGUUGAUUCCUUAAAACAUUUUGUCCAGCCAUUAUGACUGUCAAUAUUAUUUACUUAAAUGGGUAAACAAACAAUAUUGCUCCAUUAUUUUUGUCAUAUACUUUUUAUUUAGUAAAUAUUUAACUAUGAGCAGAAAGUCCUAAUUGUGACUUUGAGAUGAAGAACUGCAAUAUAAUUCUGGAGGUUUUACUUUUGGUUUUGUAAAAUGUGUGUAGGCAUUUUAUGUCAUGAAAUAAUUUACCCUCUAUUCCUUCUUUCCCAUUAAAGCUUGUGUCAAAAUAUGUGAAUUUGUCAGAUUUUUUCUUUUUUAUGAAUUUAAUCAAAAUCACCAGCAUUCUCUCUUUUAUAUUGAACUCAAAUCAUCUAGAGAAUUUAUCAUCAGUUAUGUGUUUUGGAAAAUAUGGUUACCUAUAAUUGAUUUCAUCCACAUAAUUUUGACUUAAGUCGGUAUUUGUCUCAUUGAUGAUCAUACCAUUUCUCCUUAUUUUUGUAUGAGUAUCAUUUUGAGUGUGCUUGUCAAUAUACAUUCCAUUUCAGUUCGUUUUAAAUAUGUUGAGAUUGAACUAUGAAGAUGUGAAUUACAGUGUAUAUGUAGUAUAUAUCAGAUGUUUUAUCAUUUAAGAGCUUGUCUCACAGAAAACCAUGCAAAUUUAUUUACUGUUAGGCCACAGAAAAAAAAAUGAAAAAGGAUGACAAUUUUAUUGACAAACAAUGUAAGUCCCUCUAUUUUGAUGUUCUUGUCCUUCAAAUCAGAUACAAUAAACAGAUCUCUUUUUUUUCUUUUUUGGAAAUGGCAAUAAAAAGUAAGUUUGAUCAGAAGAAACAGAAUGGUUUUCUUUUGGCCUUAUUAUACCCCACUAUGGGAUUGAGGCUUUAUUGCAAACACCAUGUCUGUCCAUACAUCCUUUCGUUCAACAAAUAUUCCACAUUUCUCUGGUACCACUGAUAAGAAUAUUUCCAUAUUUAGUCAGCAGCUUAACAGUGAUGAAUUGUAUUUUGUGAGCAAUUGCCGGACACCACUUUCCUGUUUGCAGAUAGUUUGAAUUUUUUAAUAUGUUUUCUAAACAGAUUGACUUCAUAUAUGUAGUAACAUGUGAGAGCUUAUUAGAUCUUUCCGACACCUUUGUCCUAUUUUCACAUACUUCGAGUUACGAGUGGGUGUAUGCUUGAACCACAUGUGCAUUCUUUAAGAUCUUCAUUUUUCAUUUGUUUGAUGUUAUAUGGUAGAAAGAUAUUACUUUGUAGAUAUUGAAUAACUCCAAUUGUUGACUAGUGCUGAUACACUUUUGCCUUAUUUAUUUUUUAUUAAGAAAUGAUGUAAAUAUAUGAAAAUCCACAUUUGUAAGGAGUAAAAUCUGAGUUAUUCAGGAAUCUUAACACGGGAACAUUUUCUAUAUACAAACUUUCAUUGUUCUAUGAAUCUAUGCCAUACAUUUGAUGUUCCAAGUGGCUUUUUUUUAAAAGAAUUUAAGGUGAAAUUUUCAAAUAUUAUUGACAACAUUAAAUCCUGUUUUUAAUGAUUAAAUAUUUGUCCUUGAGGUUUUGACAGUACUUUGAUCUGUAUCAAUGGAUACAUUUCUCAUUUAUAUAUUCGUAUAUGCAAGAUCUGUACAGCAUAAAGAAUAUUGCCUUUAAUCUUAUGACACAAACAAUAUACUGCUAUGUGAUAUUAUUCUUUUUAUUAUUUUAACAGGGUGAUAUAUUUUACAUGUUUUCCUGCAUUCUGUUUUUAUGUGACUUACGGGUCAUUUCAUAAACCAACUUUUUUUGGCAUUUUUUUUCACAUUGAAUAAAGAAGGAUGAAAUACCAAUCAAAAUGUUUUAUGCUUUUAAAUCUGAAGUUUUUUGGUGGAGAAAAAUAGAAUGGUGUAUAAUCAUACUUUGUACUAAAUACUUUGAAAGGAACAAUAUAAAACACAAUUUUAUGUAUAAAGCAAACCUAACUAAAUUACUUAUGAUUUAUUUAGAAACAUCACAACGCUUAGUACAAAAGAAAAUUUGUUUACAUAUUCCUCUUUUACAGAAAAUACUGUAUAUAAAUGUAUUUAUUUGAAAUUAUUUUUAUACAAAUAUUUGUAGUACUAAUAAAUACUUAUUUGUUA